GUAGACGCACGCAAAGAUAAAAAGACUACCGAGACCUAUGAAAUUUCCUCUCUUGGCCUCCAUAUUGGCGGCCUCGUUUCAUUAAAUCCGUAGAUCUGCCUCCACCUCCCCUCACAUUUCUCUUCCAAUCUAAGUUCUGUAACUAGAAGAUCGAUUUUCCUCUUUUAUCUGUGUUGAUCUCUUCCCUGAACAGGAAUCAUGUUUGGACGUGCUCCAAGGAAGAGUAACAAUACCAGGUACUAUGAGGUCCUUGGGGUCACAAAAAAUGCAGGUCAGGAUGAAUUGAAGAAGGCAUACAAGAAGGCUGCCAUAAAGAACCACCCAGACAAGGGCGGUGACCCUGAAAAGUUCAAGGAGUUGGCUCAGGCAUAUGAAGUGCUCAGUGAUCCUGAGAAGAGGGAUAUCUAUGAUCAGUAUGGGGAAGAUGCUCUUAAAGAGGGAAUGGGAGGUGGUGCUGGUGCUCACAAUCCUUUUGAUAUAUUUGAACAGUUUUUCGGCGGUGGUGGUUUUGGUGGUGGGAGCUCGAGAGGGCGUAGGCAGAAGCAUGGUGAGGAUGUUGUUCAUACCCUCAAGGUUUCUUUGGAGGACCUUUAUAAUGGAACAUCUAAGAAGCUAUCACUUUCAAGAAAUAGGCUAUGUCCAAAAUGUAAAGGCAAAGGAUCUAAGAGUGGGGCAUCAGGGAGAUGCUAUGGAUGCCAAGGCACUGGUAUGAAAGUUAUAACUAGACAGAUUGGGCCAGGAAUGAUCCAACAAAUGCAGCAUGUUUGUACUGAAUGCAGAGGCACAGGUGAGGUUAUAAGUGAUAAAGACAAAUGCCCACAAUGUAAAGGGAACAAAGUCACUCAGGAGAAGAAGGUAUUAGAGGUGCAUGUUGAGAAGGGAAUGCAGCAUGGUCAAAAGAUUGUAUUCCAAGGAGAGGCUGAUGAAGCUCCUGAUACAGUUACAGGAGACAUCGUCUUUGUUUUGCAACUUAAAGAGCACCCAAAGUUCAAGCGAAAGUAUGAUGAUCUGUAUGUAGAGCAUACACUCUCGCUGAUCGAGUCCCUCUGCGGCUUCCAGUUUGCUUUAACACAUCUUGAUGGCAGACAACUUCUUAUCAAAUCAAACCCGGGCGAAGUUAUCAAACCUGGUCAAUCCAAAGCCAUCAAUGACGAGGGGAUGCCUCAUCACCAGAGGCCAUUCAUGAAGGGUCGACUGUACAUCAAAUUCAAUGUGGAAUUUCCUGAUUCAGGAGUUCUUUCUCCUGAUCAGUGCAGGCAUCUGGAGGCAAUUCUUCCGCCCAGAACAAGCACGCGGAUGACUGACAUGGAGCUCGAUGAAUGCGAGGAAACCACCAUUUAUGAUGUCAAUAUUGAAGAUGAGAUGAGACGAAAGCAGCAGCAGCAGCAGCAAGAGGCGUAUGAGGAGGAUGAGGAGGCCGGGCCGCGGGUACAGUGUGCCCAGCAAUAAGGUUGGUCUUUUGAGAUGUACUGUAAUAACUUUUACUGGUUGCAGCAGUGGAUAUAAGUGUUUUAUCUUGUUCUGUUUUAUGAGUAUAUUUGAUAUAAGGUCUAUUAGAAUCAUUCAGUAUUAUCUAUAACGACGGACGGUGAAGAGUCUCCUUAUGCAAAUGCUUCCUUGGUUCAUGUUUUGUGUUUUUUUUUUGGUUUAUAUGGUACAAUUGUAGUUUGUGUGCUGGAUGGUUCAUUUUGUAACUUUUUGUCUAUACCUUCAAAUUUUUUGAUUGUGUU